UUUUUACGCCUUUUCCUUUCUAGACCAAUAACACAUCUCCAGACACCCACCUUUCUGACUUGUAUAUAAUCCUCUUAUUACUGCACUUGGACCACUGUGCUUAGUGGACCAGGUGAUAGUAAUAGGCCUGGACACAUAGAUGAGCACUAGGAUGAGUUAUCCAAUGCAGGUAGUGGUGUUGGCUUUGUCCCUUCUUGUGUUGGUGAGUAGGGUCAGAACAGCUCCCAGAAACGACUUAAUGGCUCAUUUGCGCCAAAAUGAGGAAGACGGGAAGGAGGACUAUUUGCGAAUACUUCUGCCAAAGCUCCUUUCUGAGCUGGAGAUCCCAGAUGAGAAUGACACCCCUUCUGAUGAGGACAUGGAGCUGAGCCGCAUCCUACGCCAUCUUCCAUUAACCCCACGUGAACGGAAAGCUGGGUGCAGAAACUUCUUCUGGAAAACGUUUACCUCCUGUUAACUGAUAUUCUUUUUCAACCCUCAUGUGUGGUGGAGUCCAAUUUCUGUAUAGCUGGAUUUUGAGUAGCCAGCAAUAAAAGUGUCUGUGUAUAGUUUUGGGUUUGGGUGUUUUAACCAAAUGUCUGACCUGUAAUGAGUCAUUUUGUAGUUGCAUGACAGUGUCUUAGGAUAUUAUAUGGAUUCCAAUUAUUAUUAUUUUUUUAAUAAACCUUUGUUCUAUUCAGACUCAGACACAAGUGCAUGAAAGUUUUAUAUAUCUGCAGUACUUAUAACUAACAUUUCUUAAAACAAUUAUGGGAUGCAUUCCCCAUACACCCAUGAUAAAAAAAAACAAACAAACAAAAAAAAAACACCACAAAUUCACUUGCUGUACCGAUGAAUGGGUUUUUUAACCGUAGUCUCAAAUGUGUCAGAAUCACAAUAAAUCACAAAGGUGGCACUGUACGAAGUCACAAGUUCUGCUGCAUGAAGAGCUUUGUUAAUUAUAUUCAGUAGGCAGUAAUUAAACAUGAAGUUUUAGAUAGUAAGGGGACACUGAUAA